AGACACAAGAAAAUAUUGUGCAGCUUAAACGAGAAUAUUAUAAAACAGAACUUUUUGAUGAUGCCAAUUUUCAUAGAAGAUUUGUAAUAUCGAAACACAGCUUCAAUAUGCUAUUAGACAAAAUUUAUGUAAAAAUACAACAUAAUACUGAUCGAAAUAAUGCCAUUCCACCUAUAAUCCAAUUAAUGGUUACUCUACGAUUUUAUGCAACCGGAUCGUUUUUGAUGACUGUUGGUGAUUUUUGUGGCAUCAGCGAAUCAAGUGCUCAUAAAAUUGUUCAUCGAGUAUCUCCUGCCAUUGCUGCAUUAAAAAAUGACUUUAUAAACUUUCCUACUUCAUCAGAACAAAUUUAUCAAAAUCAGCAAGAAUUUUUCCAAGCAGCUGGAUUUAUACAUGUUAUUGGUUGUAUUGAUUGUACACAUGUGAAAAUUCAAUCAUGUGGUGGAAGAAACAGUGAGUUAUACCGUAACAGAAAAGGUUUUUUUUCAAUAAACGUACAAGUCAUUAUUAAUGCAAGAUUGGAAAUUACUGAUAUAAUAGCACGUUGGCCAGGAUCUACACAUGAUUCCACUAUUUUCAGUAAUUCAAGAAUUAAAACAUUGUUUGAAGCAGAUAGAUUUGGAGACGGCUUACUCCUUGGAGACUCCGGUUAUCCAAAUUUAUCAUAUCUAAUGACUCCAAUAUUAAAUCCCACAACACCAGCAGAGCAUCUUUAUAAUGAAGCACAAAUUCGGACACGCUCAAAAAUUGAAAGGUGCUUUGGAAUUUGGAAAAGACGAUUUGCAAUUUUAUCAAUUGGAACACGGUUUCAAACAAUUGAAAAAACACUUCCUAUUAUUGUGGCAACAGCUAUUUUACAUAACAUUGCUCAACAGGAAAUAAUUCCAGCUGCAAUUAAUCCUCAAAUAUAUAAUAAUGCCAUUCUACAAAUACAACGUAUAGAUAAUACACAUUUUAAUAAUAAAAGAAAUGCAAUUUUGGAAUAUUUUAAUAGGUAA